UAACGGGUUCGGCUCAAGGCUUGGUUGCCUAGUGAUCCUGUUGGCACCGCGCUUUUCAGGAACUUUUUGGGAACGGUGCGCUUCGGCCACAUGUGGGCGCUUCUCUCUUCCAGAGAGGACUACCCGACUAAUCAGCCCGACGUCUCGCAGUUGCCAACUUCGCUGGUGAGCCCCGUCGAAGCGGCCUGCGACUCCGACGACGCUUCCUUGGAAAACCCCAAGCGUUUGUCGGAGGCGACGCGCUUGGCUCAGGGUCCGUCCACCUGCGCGCCCGGGGCCCCAAGUGCGUCGCAGACAGUCUGGACGACUCCACCAAGUACGCCGCGUGUGCGCUCUGGGGUGCCUGCAGCGCCGCCGUCUCUGCAAUUCGGAGAGCACCGUGCAGAGCCCUUGCUUUUGGCCCUCGAGCGAAACUGCACGAAGCAAGUGCGCCUCGCCAUCGAGGCAGACCCCGAAGCAGCCAAGCAGCCGUUCUGGGACAGCCGCUUCGAAUGGCCGCUCUGUGCCGCGAUCCGGCUCAGGUGCAGCGUGGAGGCUGUCCGGCUGCUGAUCGAGAACGGCGCGGAGGUCGGCGUGGCGAGCGUCGGCGGGCAGUCUCCUCUCCAGCUGCUCAGCACGGGGACGGAGGAUCGCUUCAUUGACUCGAGGGGAAUGCCGAACACUCCGCUGGGCGCCGCCGAGUGGAUCGAGAGUAUGCGCCAGUCCACCGCGCAGUUCGAGCUUGGCGUGGCCACAGCACUGCUGAAUGCGGGCGCAGAUCCAGCGGCGCACCACGGCGACCCUCGGAUGGGAAAUUGCUCGAGUCUGGAGCUUGCACGGCGCUCCGGAAAAUAUCAUUUAACAGAUCUGUACGAAGCCCAUUCCCGUUGCUGACUGUCUUACCCAAGCCAGGCCAUCGCGGGAGCGUGGCGCCCUCGAGCUUGCCUCAAUGGGGCCCUGGAGGUGAUGUGCGGUAUCGAUUGCCCAGGCCCAGGCCUUCGGACCCGACAUGGAACCGCUUGCCUACAGUUGCUGCAGCUUGUGCCAGGUUGGGUUGCUGGGCCAUGCAUGUCUUCCGCACCCGGCUGCAUGUUUUUGCAUUUCGCCUCUUGCUCGGGUGCCGAGUCGAUCGACGGAGGCGUCCCCUCCUCUCGCAUCAAUCACUUCUGCGCCGUGCAUGUCUUCUACACCAUGCUCGGCCUCGAUGCCCUUCUGCGCCAUGCAUGUCUUCGCACCAGCUGUAUGUCUUUUUGUAAUUCGCCUCUUGGUCGGGUGUCGGGCGAGCGGCGGACUCGUCCCCUCCUCGGGCAAUUACUUCUGCGCCGUGCAUGUCUUCUACACCAUGCUCGGCCUCGAUACCCUUCUGCGCCAUGCAUGUCUUCGCACUAGCUGCAUGUCUUUGUGUUUCGCUUCUUGGCCGGGUGUGAGUCGAGCGGCGGACUCGUCACCUCCUCGGGCAAUCACUUCUGCGACAUGCAUGUCCUCUACAUUUACCUUGGCGACCGCCGUGCGGAGCGUACACCACUCCAGGCGGCUCUUAGGUCUGUGGAUUUUCCCAGAGUCAGGAUGAUCGCGGCUUGUAGUUUGUAGGGUGAGGAGACGGCAUUUGGCUGAUAUGUUGAUCAUGUUCUGCCAGAUACGUGGUCCCAUAUUUAACCGUCUUCGCUCGAGAGAUUGAUCUGUAUAUCUCUUCGCUCGAGGUAUUGCUCUGUACAUUAGUAGCUUGGCCAGUGCACGCGUGAGCGUACACGGCGCGUGUUGCUCUCGGUGCUUGCACAAUUUGCAAAUCGUAAUUGCUGGACUUCUUUCAUGUGCGAGUCGAAGUCGUCUCCAGUUGCUCGCUCCUUCUCCCUUCCCGAAUCCACUGCAGAGUAAGUGCCUCUGCUGAUGUCUUCUUCCGUUGCCCGCUCUCUCAUCAUUCUCUGUUGCAGUCCGUUCUCUCAGGGGUCCCAAUGUUUGUUUCGCUUGAAGCAUCUGCUGCGUGCAGUGGUUUUGGUGUCGGCACCUUGUGGGAGAAUUGCAGGCAGGUGCGCCGGCCCCACUGAGUGGCUUCCGCGAGUGAGUUGCGACCACGGAUGUCCACUGCUUGGCCAUGGACCCUGGUUGCUUCAUGCUUUGGAGUUCGCCCCAGACUGCAGAACUUCGAUUAUGAAGACGAUUAGGGGAACACGGCAUUCCCUCAUAAUUUAACGCAGUGGCAUGGACCUUCCCUUCUCAGCUUCAUGCCUUUCUCCCAUCAUGCUCUCACAUCUUCCCUCAUUUGUAUUUGUUAUUAACUACUCGCUCGGUGCCGUCGCAUUCUCGCAUUUUACGUAAGUAUAUAUUUAUUUCCUCAUUCAUAUUUUAAAAAACUACUCCUGCGGUAAGUGUAUUCUCGCAUUUUACGUCGCAUGGGCGAACAGAGUUUUCGGGUUGUUGGUUGAGGCCUCCAGACUAAGAGGAAUAAUAGGUGGGGGAGGGCACGCUGAUUGCCGCAGCAGCGAUCGCACCAUUGAUCUCGCGCCUCGCGCAACGUUUGAGAUCCGAUGGUGAUCCCUAGAUAGCGAAGCUUACGAGCCAGGGCCGCGAUCCCUCCGUCUCCCGCUCUACCCGCCCUGAUCCCGACUGACUGGGAUGGUCUCCUUUUGCGCUCCUCGAAUCGCUCGGGCGCUGAGCCAUCCAGCAUUCUCCCUGGCGCCCGCCUCGGGCUCAUCUCUCCCCCCUCCCCCUCCGUUCCCAUCUCCUCGCAGUCCUCGUCCAACUGUCCCACGAGCUCGGCCAGCAAGCAAUAGACCAAGCCUUGUCGCAUGAGCGGAGGCAUCCCGAGGUCGGCUCGGCAGAGGGGCACGGCCAGCUCGCACGGCCUUGCACGCACUCCCGAGCCAUCAGAUUUUACGCAUGGGGACCGCGGAGCGGCUGAGGCGAGCGACCCGAGCAUAUUGCAAAGGGCUGGAAAUGAAAAAAACGCCCUGAUGGCAGCCCAAGAGGGCUCCAAGAGGCGCCUUUUAAGCAAGCUCCGAGAUGGCGCCCAGAGGGCAUCCAGGGCCCCCGAGAGCGCACCAAGAUGGCCCCAAGAGGUCCCCAAGAGGCCCC